AUGUAUUUUGCUCCUGCCGCUGCUGCUCUGCUGGCCUCGACGGCCAUUCACGGUGUCAGCGCCAAGUCCGCUGAGGAGUGGCGAACGCGUUCCAUCUACCAGCUCAUCACCGAUCGCUUCGCGCCUCCUUCGGACUCUGCUCCUGCUCUCACCAACCCCCUUCCUUCCGAGUGCAAUGUCUGGGACCAGACCUGGUGUGGAGGAACUUGGCUCUCCAUCAUUGACAAGCUCGACUACAUCCAGGGAAUGGGCCUCGAUGCCAUCUGGAUCUCCCCCGUCAGCCAAAACAUCGACUACCACACUCCCUACAACUUUGCCUACCACGGCUACUGGGUCAAUGACCCCACCAAGCUGAACCCCCGCUUCGGUUCUUCGGACGACCUGAAGAAGCUCUCCGACGAGCUGCACAAGCGCAACAUGUGGCUCAUGGUCGACAUUGUCGUCCAGAACGUCCCUGCUCUUGAGAACAUCAUCGACAGCCCUGAGAAGCUUGCCGAGGACGGCUCUCUCUGGACUAGCCGCGACGAUUUCCACGACUUCUGUAUCAUCAAGGACUACAGCAAUCUGACCCAGGUCGAGAACUGCUCCCUCGGUGACGAGAAGCUCGUUCUCCUCGACGUUAACACCGAGAAUCCGAACGUGCAGUCGAAGCUCAAUGAUUGGAUUGCCAACCUCGUCAAGGAGUACAACAUCGACGGUCUCCGUAUCGAUGCGGCGAAGCACGUUCCGGGCGAGUUCUGGACCAGCUUCUGUGGUGCUGCCGGCGUCUUCUGUAUCGGUGAGGUCUUCGGUGACGACAUGGAGAUGGCCGUCAAGUACCAGAAGAACAAAUACCUCGACUCCAUCCUCGGCUUCCCUCUCUACUACGGUAUCCAGAAGGGCUUCGGUGCUCCGUACGCCAACAUGACCGAGUUCACUUCGCGCCUCAAGGCCGUCCAGGAGGGUUUCGUUGACACGACCGUCCUCGGUAACUUCCUGGAGAGCCACGACGUCCCUCGUUGGCGCAACCAGACUGUCGACCCCCGUCUCGGCUACAACGCCCAGGUUGCCCAGUUCCUUCUCGAGGGUAUCCCCGUCGUCUACUACGGCUCUGAGCAGGACUUUGCUGGCAACAUGGAUCCCACCAACCGUGAGGCUCUCUGGCCCUCGAACUACGAGAACACCACGACCUACCAGCAGAUCACCCGUCUCAACAAGAUCCGUUCCGCCAUCAUUGAGAACAACCUCGAGUACAACGGCGAGUCGUUCCUGAACGCCAAGUCCCAGAUCGUCGACUCGACGGACUACGACGUCGCUAUUCGUCGCGGCCCCGUUCUCUUCUCGAUCACCAACCGUGGUUCCCCGGAGAACGGGACCUACUUCCCCAUCCACAACACUGGCUGGGACUCUGUCACUCCCGUCAUUGACCUCCUCACCUGCACUGAGUUCACGGUCGGUAGCGGUGGCUCGCUUUCAGUCUCGUACUCGACGCAGGGCUACGGUGGCCUCCCCUACGUUUGGGUUACCACCAAGGAUGCUAAGAACCUCGGCCUUUGCACGGACAAGCAGAUGGGCAUUGUCUCCAAGGACAAGGUCAACAACGACGCCUCGGACAAGGUCAAGGAGGCUGAGAAGAACGCCGGCUCCAAGAUGAGUGUGUCGGUCGCCAUGGCCAUCACCGCGCUUCUUGGCACGACGGCUGCUGCGCUUCUGUAA